AUGCUGAUGCUGCACAUGCCUGAGAGCCCGCGCAAGGGCGAGCGCUACGUUCACACUGCGGGCUACGAAGCCACCUUUGCACAGCUUCCAGUGCCCGGUACGUUUGUCGUUGCGGGCCCGGCUCCACGCCCGGCGCGUAUCCGCUUUAACGUUCGAGGCCUCGACGCGCCGCUCUCAUGGCCGCUCUGCGCUCACGACGCCGCGCAGAUAAGCGCGCUGUACCCUGACAAGACCGUUCCGUCCGUCGACAUGGACUUGGGCCCGCGCUGCAUGGACUCGUUCGACACAGCGAACGACGAUAUGUAG